AUGUCAAAAGAAAAACUUAUUCCUUACUUUGAUUAUUUUGACGAAUAUACUGCUGAUAGCUGGUCCUACUCAAGCUUUAUCCGCUACGCUCUUGGCAAAAGGUUGCUUCCGCCUGACCCUAUAGGAGUCUAUAAUAAGUACAAAAAGUGUCUGAAUUUUAUCGAACAAAAUUACGAUCCUUUGAAGCGCUCAAAGGCAUUUUCACUAAAGAGGAGUUCAAGGUUAGUACAUUUGUGUGCAAAUGAGCACAACUUGCUACCAACACAGCUUGGCUUUCAGCCAGGUCAAUACUAUACGGAGUGCCCUCGCGCCACUCUGGGUUUCCUUGGCGUGUUGCUACUAUUGUGUUCUAUUAAACAAAGCAUCGAUACUAUACGGGGUGCCCUCGCGCCACCCUGGGUUUCCUCAAUGGAAGAAAAGUGGUUAGCCAACCUUAAUGAAUUAGCAAAAAAUGAGGAGACCGCAGAGUACGAGUAUCAUGCAUCGCUAAAUGAAGAUGUAAGGAACGAGAAGAUGAUAUACUCCAGCUACCUGUUAGAAUCGCGGAAAUUCAAGCACCAAAUUGACAGAGAGGAAGAUGUGACGUCAACUAAAAGGCGAAAAGAUAUAACUAAUGUAUCUCUUGAAGAUGAUGGUAGAAUUAAAACUACCAACGUUGCGUAUCCUGGAAAAAGUAUGGAUGAUAGGUCAAUAUUAAAGUCAGCAGAUUCGAAAAUGAAUCAAGAGAAUCAGAGUUUGUGUUCGUUACCAUCUGUUCCGUCUUCUAACAUUAAUUGCGAAGAAGGUGAGCGCAUCCGCAUCUACGAGAUGAAUUUAAAUUAUGAUGGAAUAUAUAGGAUGAUCUUGGUUGCAGAUGUAUGUGUCCCGACAGAACGGGAAAAAAUUGUAAGCUUGGUGCCAGUUUUGGAAGCGUUUUAUGAUAUUAAAUGCCGUAUUUCCGAAGUUUUGACGGUAAUUGAAUCUAACACCCCGCCUAGUUCUCCAUCACGUUCUUCCUAUGGCAGAGCGCCUACCCCUUCGCCAAAACCUGUCAGGGUUGUAAUUACUGGUCUGCAACCAAAUUGA